ACUAUGGACGAUUCUCCACCACCACCUCCCCCAGAAAACAGUACUCCUCCCCCUCCCCCUCAAAGCCAUACUGGCUCUCCUACCGAUUUUCUGAAAGGAGUUGUAGGAAAGCGCGUCAUUGUCCGUUUGAAUUCCGGAGUAGAUUAUAGAGGCAUUCUUUCUUGUCUCGAUGGGUACAUGAAUAUUGCUUUGGAACAGACCGAGGAGCAUGUGAACGGAAGGGUGACGAACCGCUACGGGGAUGCCUUUAUCCGAGGGAAUAACGUGCUAUACAUAUCAGCUGCCGAACCAUUAUGAUACAACUUGCUGGCAUAUGUAACAUCCUGCAUCAUCUCAAAACAACUAGUUGGUCGGAGGUGUCUGAGGCCUGAUAUAUGAUACUUGAGUCCGUUGAUCUGUUGAGUCUCCG